CAAAUUUUCAGUCCAAGUCAUUAGUACUAUACUUGCUGCCUUAGCUAAGCACUCCCGUACUGCUCUAUCACACUCCUUGGCUUCACAUAUACUCCCACGGGCGUGUGUUCAAGCUUAUAGCCAAAAGCCUUCGGUCCACCAUACUCCAGCCCUCUCGGGGUGUCUGUCCACCGUGGAGAGCACGCCAAACCAAGCACGGUCACCAUCAGCCCAUAGCGAUACUCUGGCACGCCUAGUGCAAGACCAGACUGAGUAUCAAGCACCGAAAUGAGAUCAGGGACAGUCGCAAUGUAGGUCUCCUUGCCGUCGUCACUGAUAUGCUUUGCGUAGAUGUUUUCAUUCUUGAACGGGAUCUUCAACACUCCUCCUUCAGCGACUGCCGGGCUGUCAUGGCCGCCUUCCUCUUCAUCCUCUUGAAUCUGUUUGAUGGUGAUUUCUCCAUAUGAAUGUCCCUUGAAGAGCCUGCGUUCGACCUCUACAAUCUUGCCUCUGAAAAGAACCUUGGCGGUUGUGGGACCACCCACGGCAUCGAUGAUUUGUUCUGCCACGGUAUGGACAGUGUUCUCUUGCUGUGCGCGUGCCACCGUUCUGCCGAUCCGCCAGGCCAAAGACACGGUAUUCAGCACCCCGUAAUCCCUUACCCGUUUUGCUGUUGUUGGUCUAGCUGCCAUGCCGACACGGGAGCCCAUUUCAGAGCAGGCUGCACGCAACGCACGGUCGACUAUCUCGUCGUCUGGGGAUUUGGUCAUGAUGAUCGUCUUUCCAUCACCUGAGGCGAUGGCGCAUGGAGUCAACUGCCCAGGUUCAUAGACUGCCAAGGUGGUUUGCCAGUACGUCGGAUAUGCUCGACCCAUCCAGUCGCCAUCAAUAAUGGGCCGGUCAAAAGCAUGAGACGAUCCUAUCAGCAUAGGUUCAAGACCAUUGGCACCGCCAAUUUCCAACCCCAUAAGGGCGUCGAAAGACUUAUGGCCAAAAUAUUCCAUCAAGUCUGCCACAGCAUGGGAGCACUCUGCCGAGUUCAAUCGUUCAAUCGACACGGCGGGCGAACCCAUCAUGCCGCUCCCUAUCAAUCGUCAGCUCCGCAGUCACACAAUAGGGUGCAUCCUCUCGAACUCACAGUAUAUCAAUGAGUCAUCAGGAAGCGAUGAGCUGUCAAUGAUCCGAACAGUAUGGCCUGCUCGAAUUUGGUCGCGGAGCUUAAGAAACUCGGCUUUGGGCGAUCCACCUCCCGCACAUCCCAGGAUAUAACAUCCGUCCCUGAUCCAUUCGAGGUCUUUCUCUGAAAGGAACCACUCAUCAAUGCCCGUCUUGGCGUUGCGUGUGAUCUUUGGUCGAUAGGCGUCAAAGUCGAAGCGCGUUUGUUUCUCCGUAUUCGACACCGCGGCCGGCUUGGACACGUUCUCGGUGAAGGAGUCGUCGUUGUUGUCAUCUUCGUCCCCAAGGCUCUUGCUGUCAGAAAUGUAGCCGGUGGAGAGGUCUCCAACGGCCUUCACGAUGAUCCGGAUCUGGCCGGACACAUAAGGGAUUGGUAAGGUCUCCAUGUCCACCACGGAGACAGUGUCAGGGUUUGCUCCCGCAGCAACUGCAUUCGCAAUAGCUUGGGAUUUAGCAUGUUCCAAGGCCUCGGUAACCGUCAUAUCGUCAGUCACAUAGAUGGUGUCGACAGUUCCGCAAACACGAGAGAUGGCGGCUCCCACGGCGUUGGCCACCGAAUGGAACUUCGGCACAAUGACUUCAGUAACGCCAUCCAGCUCUGACGGGCAUACAAUGGAUCCUCCACCGACCAGAAGGACUGGAAGUGGUGCCGGCGUCAGCUUUAAUCUAUCGAUCACGUUCUCAAGCAUCUUCUUGAUUCGAGCUUGUGUCCGACUGAUCAGUUCAGGACUUAGGUCUGAGACUUUGCUGGGGUCUCCAAUCUCUUCCCCGUUCGCCACCGCGAUAUCCGUGGCUGUUAGGACAUCGCCUCCGAAGACCUUUGCUUUGGUAGUGAGUUGAUAUCCAACCGAGUCCGGGCCGACUAUCACGUCGGAACCGUGCUCACGGACGAUGGAGCCACCACCGAGACCGAUGGACUCGAGAUGAGGCAUAGGGAAGUUCAUUGUGACACCGGCAACAGUGACAUAGGCACUUGCUGCUCGCGGAAAGCCUGAUGGGAGGAGGACGCCGCAAUCAGUCGUCGUCCCCCCAACAUCGGCAACGAUUGUGGAUACUCGUUCCUCGUUCUUUCGUCCCGAUUGAGCAAGACCAAGGUAUGCAGCACCUCUCAUGGAAUUUGUGGGCCCCGACGAGAAGGUUUUGAUGGGUAGACCUGCGGCAGAGACAGAAUCGAUCACUGUGCCGUCAUUCUGAGAAAUGAAUAACGAACAAUCCAGUCCCAGACGUCUCAUGGCUGCUCGGAAGCCCCGAAUGGUGCGCCUAGCAAACUUGAGAAUGGAAGCGUUCAAGAUUGAGGCGUUCUCCCUUUCCAGCAGACCGAUGUUCGAAACCUCGCAUGAGCAGACAAUGUCCACACCUGGCAAACGUUCUUGCAUGAUUUUCCGAACAUGGUGUUCUUGCUCGAAAUGUUUGUCAAUCGGAGAGAAGAUGCCCGAAAUCACCACCGCAUCGAUGCCAAGUUCUUUGAUCUUGUCGCAUUCUCUGAUGAUCUGCUCCUCGACGAUCGGUGCCUCUUGAGAGCCAUCAAUAUGGAGGCCUCCAUCAGCAAAUCCACAGUAGCCUUUCAGGAGCUGAGCGAGGUCGGGCGGGAAGUCCGAAAAAGGUGGGAUAUCCUUUGUGAAACUCUUCGACAAUCUGAUAACUGCAACCUUGGAAAGCCGCCGCGUGUCUCGUUCAAUGACAGCAUUCAAGAAAUGAGUCGUGCCAAUGAUCAGACAGGCGAUCUCUGAUGCGCGUUCUUUUCCAAGUUGAGCCAGCACGUUACCGACCGCUGUCUCGAUGCCAUCCGUCACAUUCGGCCCUGUCGUCGGCGUUUUAUGGAAAGCGAGCACUCCCCGAUUCUCUUGGUCGACGGCAUCCAAGUCGAGGAUGACUGCGUCAGUGUUAGUGCCGCCAACGUCGACGCCGAUUCUGAGAGACCUUGUCCGGAUUGAACCCAUGAUGUCGACUGAAAACUGCACCGAUACCUGGGAAUAUCCUAUGUCCGUCCAAGGCUAAGAAAUUCGAUUGUAUUAUUUUAUACUCGCCUCUGUCCAGAUGAAGAACCUGGCCGAGUUGCCCGAUAGGAUGUGUAACGUGAAUGCAUAUUGACCGGCGCUAGGUGUUUGGAACCCACAAUUUCGGGGUAAUCGAGAACGGAGCCAUAGAGCGUCGAGCAUGGCAAUCAGAACCACGAGAUACCGGCUUUGCACCACACUCGGAUCGUGUGCACUAUCCAAUUUUGGGCAGCCGCAUGUUUCUCUUACGGAUUCGAACCUGAAAUAAAGCCUGUGCCUCGGGUAAGUUUACAUAAUAUUUUCCGCUUACCGUCCCCACAGAUAGGUCAAGAUAGGCUUUGACGGUCAAACCGGUUAUUAUGAUUGGCCAGAUUGAUAUGAGAUAGGUUUUCCGGGACUGGAAGAGCGGGUCUGUUCGGUCUUGAACAUUUAAUUGGACCCCGGGGCUCUUGGAUAGGCACCCAUCGUUAACUCCACCCGCUGCUGAACUCCAGACGUACCACGCGACCGGGUUCGACAGUGGUAAGGGGCUAGAAGGCUGUCUUCUCACCGAAGCAACCUCCUCCUGCCUGGCCAGCCUAUCAUUGUCGUUCUAUGCAUCUGGCCUUGUACCGCUUCGGGCGCUCCAAGUCAGCAGUCCCUCACAGAUAUCCUUCCAGCCCUUCUCCACGCCACCGCACAGUGGAUCAUCUGGUGACUGGUAUCUUCGUACACCUUACAACUCGAGAAGAUAGAGGUACCUUGUUAUCUUGCACAUCUUCCUACAUUUACAGAAGCGCUCGUCCGCGUCGCUGGAGGCAGGCGCUCGAAUUCUUCUCUUCAGCUGUUUCGAAGAACGGCUGCCUCUUUCUCUCUCUCUUUGAGCAGAAAUAGUCUAUGCUUGAGCAAUUAUUCUGAUUCACAACCCUCCCUUUUGCCGCAAGAUGUCGUUCACAAGGCGACUUCGCGAGUUCAACCCGCGCUCGUUCCAAAUCCGACUGCCUGGAGAAUCCUCUGUGUGGAUCAAUGAUGAUAUCCGCCCGUUGCCCCCUUCUCGUCGCCUCUGGGACACGAUGGCAUACAUCUCCUUCUGGGCCAUCAACCAAAUCGCCCUGAGUAACUGGCAGCUUGGUGCCUCUCUGAUCGCAGUUGGGCUGUCGGUCUGGCAGACCAUGAUUGCUGUCAUAAUUGGAAAAUGCAUAAUAGCAGGAGUGGCCCUCUGCAACGGAGCCAUCGGAGCGAAAUGGCAUAUCGGGUUUCCAGUGCUUUCGCGCAGUAUCUGGGGUGUUUACGGGGCAUACAUCAUCAUCGUUCAACGUAUCGUUCUGUCCCUGACCUGGUUUGCGGUUCAAUCGUGGACAGGAGGACUCUGUGUCUCGGCGGUUUUGAGCUCGAUAUUUUCUUCGUACCACCACAUGGAAAACACACUCCCUGCUUCCGCCAACACGACAACGAAGAACUUUGUUGGGUGGGUUGUAUACAACAUCAUCACGAUCCCCAUCCUCUACAUACCGCCUGAAAAAACCCGACGGCUACUCUACGUCAUGAAUGGCAUUUCCUUCGCCACACUCGUCUCGAUCAUGAUCUACGUUCUUUCCGCGGCACAUGGUGCUGGGCCGUUGCUGUCUGCUCCUGCUACCGCCAAAUCUGGAAGCGCACUAGGCUGGGCUAUUGUACAAGGUAUUACUACUGUCAUUGGUGGUAUCGCUGUGGGCCUUACGAAUCAGGCGGAUUAUUCACGGUUCGCUCGACGACCCGGAGAUCAGAUCUUUGGGCAAUGGUUCUCGAUCAUCACACUGGGCACGAUAUUGCCGCUGUUCGGGUGUUUGACGGGUUCCGCAUCCAUGAAACUGUACGGCGAGGCCUACUGGAACCCGCCGGACCUUUUACUGCGAUGGCUGGACAACGACUAUAACGCCAAGUCCCGAGCCGGUGCCUUUUUCGGCGGAGUUGGACUUGUGAUCUGCCAACUGGCCAUCAACACAAUUGACAACGCUUUCUCAGCUGGCAUGGACAUGUCAGGCUUCGUCCCCAAGUACUUCAACAUUCGCCGUGGAGCCUACUUUGCCCUCAUCCUUUCCAUCGCCAUGUGUCCGUGGGAACUGCUUGCCUCGGCCGGGACGUUUAUCAGCGUCAUGUCGGCAUACUCGGUCUUCUUGGGCCCCAUGUGCGGCAUUCAGAUCUGCGACUACUUCUUCGUCCGGCGACGACUGGUCAAGCUCACCGAUCUGUACAGCCCGUCCAAGUCCGGCCUCUACUAUUACUUCAAGGGGUUCAACCCGCGCGCCUUUGUCGCCUGGGUGUGUGGCUGGGCACCGCAGUUGCCGGGAUUCGUUGCCAACGUCAAUACCACCGUUACCGUUCCCGAGGCCAGCAUGGAGAUGUACUAUCUCGCAUUCCCGCUGGGUCUCGCCAUCAGCUUCACCGUCUAUUAUGUCUUGAACCGCGUCUUCCCGCCUCCUGGAAUCGGCGAGUACGAUGACGUCGAUUACUAUGGCACAUUCAGUCCUGACGAGGCAGCCAAGCUGGGAGUGGCGAUUGUGGAAGUGUCCACUGGUGAGGAAGAUCUGACUAUGGAGAAAGGCCACAUGAAUCAGUAUGUCACUGCAGAGAAACAGGGUUAAGUUAGAUAAGCAAGAGGAAUUGAGAUUGGAAAGGGAGAAAGGUGGAUAGUUUAGGUAGUUGUUGUGAUGACGAUCGUGCCAAUGUUUUUACAUAUACUAGAGUUUACGAAUAUCAUUUGUGCAAUGUGGUCGAAUUUGCCUAAUGUCCUACGCAUGCCCGCUUUUGUCAAAUAUAAUGUAACUGGCCGAAAUAAAUACCUUGCUUUUCCCG